AUGGAUGUGGCCGCAAGCCGAAUGACAAACAAAGACAUCGCGAAUAGCACAUAUGUCUAUCGAACCCUCUGCCCGAACAGAGAGGAGAUCCGACUUCUCCAGCUACUGCCAGUCCCAAGGGAUAGUCAAAUUCGGGUUUAUGGUCAGUUGACCACUGUUUCCCUCCGAGAUAACCCAUCCUUCGCCGCGCUGUCGUAUGUCUGCGGCGACCCCUCGAUAACCGAAAAUAUCGUGCUGAAUGGAUCUAUAACGAAGAUCACAGCGAAUUUAACAAAGGCGCUGGAAUAUUUCAGCCAGCAAGGUGUCGAAUUUCUUAACGGAUUUCACCUAUGGGUCGACGCUGUUUGCAUCAAGCAAGAUGACGUUGAAGAAAAGAACCAACAGGUCAAAUUUAUGAGCAACAUCUACGGCGCCGCCAAUCAUGUCUACUCUUGGCUCGGGGAUGCCCCCUAUAUUCCCUUGGCAUUCAAAGCCUUGCGAUCUAUAAGUCAGGAUAUUCAAACUGUUAGUGAGCUCCAUCCGGAGCUUCUGAUAUUAGAUGUGGGAUUAGAACGCGAGGACGUCCUUAUACCGAAUCGUCUUUGGGCAGCGCCCCGAGACUUGGUCGAUCUACCUUACUGGUCCAGGAUGUGGAUUUUCCAAGAGAUAGCUCUCUCCAAGCCCCACAGCCUCACUUUUACUAGUCCCGGCGCUCAGAUGAGUGAUGAUGAACUCGAGAAUGCUAUCUCAAAUCUGAGAUGUUUGGUGGACCGUAUGGUCGAUGAAGGGCGACCAGCGGUCCUCACAGAUGACAUGCGCAUACUUCGACAACGACUACCACUCCUUGUCAAUAGUCUCAAAAUGAUUCAACGUCUUUUGGUGGCGAAGGCGAAGCUUGCUGGGACACAAAAUAAAAUGCGACCACCUCUUUGCAUUCUGUCAGCAUAUACUCAUUUGACACGUGCUACCGAUCCCCGGGACUACUAUUACAGCCUUAUUGGAGUCGCAAAGCUCGCCCUGGAGCCGGAUUAUGGCCCUGCCAAAUCCGUUGGAACGGCCUGUAUCGAUUUCGUGGAAGCUUUCUUAGUUGCUACACGCAACACACCAUAUUCCCUUCUCUUCCUUCACGAUGCUGUUGGCCUUGCUGAUGCGGGCGACCAUGAUGAUAUGCCCUCAUGGGCCCACGGAUAUCACCUACCAAUGGAAAACCGCGAGCGGGGGCCCAGUUGGAUAGCUCAGGCCGAUAAAGGUCAUUUUGACUACAUAAGACGAGCUUACCCCAGCCUGCCCAGGUUGAUGGGCGAAAAGCUUUAUGUAUUGGGCAUACGCAUGAGUACUGUUAACCAUGUCGGCGAGCGGCCCAGCUUGAACUUUCUACAGAAUGGCGCAAUGCGUAAAUACCUAAUCGAUUUUGCUGGACGGCAUGCCCCUGGAUAUAUUUCCGGUCUACCUCUGGCCUCUGCCUUCUAUGCACUUUUGAUGAGACAACCUGACGGGAUUUGCGAUGCAAGAGCGAUUCUCCUUCUGUUGGAGCGGCUUGCCUCUUCAACCCAUGAAAAUGAUGCGACAGAUAUGGCAAUCUGGUCUGGCAUAGAAAGGUAUUUUCGGGACAGUAUACAAAAUGAGAGAGGGCAAAUAAUGGCCUCAGAUCCUACCGUAACACUUCAGGGACUGGUGGAAGCUCUGAGCAUGUUUGAGGUACUUAACAUUGGCCAUUUGUUUGAGAUUAGCGAGGGCUUUAUCGGCUUAGCCCCUCUAGGGGUAACGACAGGUGAUAUAUUAUGUGUCCUCGACCGAUUCCAAUACCCCGUUAUCCUACGACAAGCAGAUCAUCAGGCGUACCCUUUGUAUGAGUUCGUUGGGCCUUGUUUUGUGAUGGGUCUCAUGCUACAAGGGGAAACAAAGGCCUUCUUGAAAGGCAAACAGGCCAAGCCUGAACGGCUGCGGUUAAAAUAA